GUCACUGUUCUGUAUCGGGGUGCGUGUAAUAAAAGCCGCCCCGCAGUGAAAUAAUUUCGGAUGCCUCGUGACGUGUCUGCUGCUCCGCCGUCUGCUCUGGAGGUCGUCAGCUUCAUCGGCAAAACAUUUGGCGCAGGCGCGGCACUGACAGCUGCUGUCUACUUACUCCGCAAAGUGUGUUUAAUAAUGGCCUGGAAAUCUGGAGGAGCCAGCCACGCAGAGCUUGUUAACAACCUCCGCAAAAAUGGCAUUAUUAAGUCCGACAAGGUCUAUGAAGUCAUGCUGGCCACAGACCGAGCCCAUUUCUCUAGGUGUAAUCCGUACAUGGACUCUCCACAGUCAAUAGGCUAUCAAGCAACCAUCAGCGCCCCACACAUGCACGCCUAUGCCCUGGAGCUUCUACAUGACCAGCUGUAUGAGGGAGCCAAAGCCCUGGAUGUCGGCUCCGGCAGUGGGAUCCUGUCGGCUUGCUUCGCACGAAUGGUCGGUCCUAAAGGGAAAGUUAUAGGAAUUGAUCACAUCAAAGAGCUGGUAGACGAAUCUAUAACCAAUGUGAAGAAAGAUGAUCCCAGUUUGAUAACAUCAGGCAGAGUCAAGCUAAUAGUGGGAGACGGGCGAAUGGGGCACAACGAGGAAGCGCCUUAUGAUGCCAUCCAUGUUGGCGCAGCAGCACCUAAUGUCCCCCAAGCUCUUCUGGACCAGUUGAAGCCUGGCGGCCGACUGAUCCUGCCCGUCGGCCCGGCCGGAGGAAACCAGAUGCUUGAGCAGUAUGAUAAGAUGGAGGACGGCAGCACCAAAAUGAAGGCCUUGAUGGGGGUGAUUUAUGUGCCUUUAACAGACAAAGAGGCGCAGUGUUCCAGGGAUGAACUUUGAAGAGGAAGACAGUCCAUUAUCCACCUUUAAGUUUGAACCUGGAGAAGCUUGGAUGGGGUCAGACAGCCCAUGGCAUUCUGUUCAAAGCAUAACAAAACAUGCUCUGUGUUUUUUUUUUUUUUGUUAAAGUCUAACGAUGGACUAGAGUAUCACAUUGAUGACAGCCCAGAGGGGCAGGGAAGAGAGACUGCUUCAAGCUCAGCACAGAAAUAUCGGAGAGGGUGGUUUCGUUUUUCUUUCCAGGCCUGCAUCUUUUGGUUGUGUAUUUUAAACUGCUGGAUUUUAGGUUUUUUUUGUGGUUUUACCAUAUGAAUUGCAAUCAGCCAUUUUUACAGUGUUACAUUUCAGCACCAUCCAAGCUGAAUGUAAGAGGAAUGCCGGACAAUGACGAGGAAAGCCUGACAGUUUUUAGAUUAUUCACCUAGCUACAGCGUGUGUGUGUGUGGAUCAUCUAACUGUAGACUUCUCUGCUAACAUGAGCUUUUCCCCCCCCUGCCAGCAGUGUUAGGAACACACACACACACACACACACACGCAGGCAACACACUGGCUGAUGUUACCCCCACAUCCCGUUCGAUGUGCAGCACUCUUACAUCAUUCUACACAUAGAAUAAGCAGCGCAUUGGAUCAUACUGAGCAUACUCCAAAGAGAGCCAAGCACUAAUAACACCGACACACGUGCACAUGCAGGGCUGUGCUUUUUACACCUGGUGAUGUGUUGCUUUCUGCCACUCUUUUUUUUUCCAUUAACAAUUCGCGCAGGCUCUUCUAGUGACUGAUGCUAAGUGAGAUAGUCACUGCUUUGCCAAAAUAAACUCCAACAAUAUAAAGCAAAUGAAUGUCUGUUUUCUUGAAAUCAAAAAGUACAUUUUAUUUUGGAGUGAUGGAAGAUACUUGGCUUUCACAGUUUCUGGAAUGGCACAUGAAAAUAAAGAGAUGCUUAUGUUUU